GGCAGUAGCAGUCCCGGUGCAGCACCCUCCACCCCGAGGACCGCGUCGCCGCGUCGCAGACGUCGAGACCGAGCCGACGGCGGUGGGCGGAUUCCACUUGGGGCGUGUUUGUUUUGGCUGGAGCGCGUAGCGUCGCGUAGCGUCGCGUAGCGUGCAGUCAAGCGGUGCGUGCGGUGCGACGCGCCCCCUCGGACGGCAACCUGUUGCACCCCUUCGAGGCCCUGACCAACCCCAGCACCUCGCCGCGCCGCGCGGACCAAUCGCGGAGCCAGCGCCCCAUCACCAUGGACAUCAAGGCCGAGCCCGUGGACGAGGACGCGUGCAACAACAACAACAAUAAUAACAACAACAAUGUGGUGCUGACCAAGACGGUGCCGCACUUGUUCUCCAUCGAGAGGCUGCUCCAGAAGAAGGACGUCGCCCCGCCGGCCCUGCACCCGCAGCACCACCUGCACCUGCAGCACACGGACUCCUCCGUGGCGCACCUGCAGAGGCUGGCCGACGGCAUCGGCGACUCCCCGAGACUCCCGUCGGCGUGCCGGACGACGCCGCCGGCCGUGCUGUACGCCGCGGACUCGUCGUCACGGACGUGCGCGCACGCGGCGCCGCAGCGGCGGUCGCAGUGCGCGGGGACGGCGGGACGGACCGAGGACGACGGGGACACGUGCUCCAGCUACGAUGAUGAGGACGACGACGACGAGCACCACCACGAGGAGCACCGCGAGGACGACGUGGCUGACGACGACGUCGAGCGGCCCGGCCCCGGCUCUGGCGGCGACCUGGACGACCGCAAGAAGCGUCCGCGCACCGCCUUCACCGCGGCCCAGAUCAAGGCGCUGGAGGCCGAGUUCGAGCGCAACAAGUACCUGUCCGUGGCCAAGCGCCUGCAACUCUCCCGCGCGCUCAAGCUGUCCGAGACGCAGAUCAAGAUCUGGUUCCAGAACAGGCGCACCAAGUGGAAGCGCAAGUACACCAGCGACCUGGAGCUGCUGGCCCAGCAGUACUGCAGCCAGCUGGGCGUCACGGCGGCCAGGCCCAUGUUCCUGGGGGAUCGGCUGUGGUUCUUCAACUACCCCAACGGCGUCCCGCCGACCUCUGCGUCGAUGGCGCCCUCCAUGGCGGGGCCCAUGACGGGGCCCAUGUGCAGGUGUAGAAACGACGGGCACCUUUAUGAUGGACAGCGCCUUCGCCAGAAACUGAGUUUGUGGUUGUAG